CUCAGAAGUACACGAAACUCCAAGAGCAUGUGAAGGCAGCACAUCAAGUUGCUAGGUUGGUAUCUUAGCAACCCCAGACGCCUGUGUCCUAAGACUGGACUUUUCUGGGGUUUUGAGACAGGUUUUGAGUUAGAACGAUGGACGUUUCACUGGAGGCAAAAACCAAACCGCUGGCUACACUGUCAGCCUUCAGCUACAUCCCACCGCGAAGAAAUGAGUCCAAACAAAUGUCCUACUUUAACAACGAACCGAAGGUCUCAGAUGUGUCCAUGUAUGACCGAUUAAACAACCAUGUUGAGGGUUAUGAUAUGAGGCUCCCCCGGGAUGACAGAAAACACUGGAAAGGAAGAGGACUUGAUAUAAACAAAGAGGAGAGGUCCAGAACUGUGCCGGUGCUGUCCUCGUCAGAGUAUGGCCGUCGUCCCGCUCCUGCACUCUACGUCCCAGAGAGGCAGUAUGCUCGUGUUGCUUGCAUUAAAUCUGAAAUCUACAUGAAAAAUGGGAUCUUAUGGAGUGUGGAAGAAGGAUACGGAUCAGUGAUACCUUCUUAAAAGUCUGACGUGUCAGUGCAUGAAGGUUAAGUGUUUUUUUCUCACUGUGGAAACUUUAAUAAUAAAAAGCGUUGUGCUCUGUAGAUUGUUUAGUAAAAGAAUGCAAGUGUAAAAAUUUAACCCAUUGACAUAACUGUUGACUAUAGUAGCAAGACAGAUUUUUAUUCUUAAUGACUAGAAAAGACCUUUAUUUUCUAAGAAAGUCAACCUACAUUUUCUUCUUCAAUCAGCAUGAAUAUAAUGUGAAGUUUCAGUGGAGACUGAAGUGAAUCAUAACGUAUUUCCCAGAUUUAGUAGCUGAAUUUUCUGUAUGGCUCAAAGAUUAGAUUUUGUUUUCUGACUGCCUUCUUGUGUGAUGUUUGUUUUUACAUUCUGGGUGUCAGGAAUAAUGUGAAUUUUUGUAAUGGGAUUUUGUAUGGAGCAAAUUUGAAAGGUUGAAGCCAGUGUUGGAGUAGCUGGCCAGUUUCUCUCAGGUACUUUUAUUGAUCAUUUGAACAACCCAUUCUUUUUAAAUUAGCUUCUACAUCAGUGUGCGCUGCACUCCCUGCAUUUGAUCUGUUUUUUUCUUACUGUUUUUUUUUAGUUCCGCUCGCCUUACAUAAAUACUUCAUACUUCACAUACUCACUAACCUCCUCGGUUCACUAAGUUCUCAGAUUCUUUUUGUGUAUAAAUACUAAACCCACGCAACAGAGAUCAGCCUCCUACACGAUAAGAUUUUUUUUUGAGUGCAGACAGCUCUCAUUUGCUUCUGCCUUUGUACUGUGGCUGAAAUAGAGCUUUUAUUCUUAGAAACUUGACAAGAUUUAAAUGUAUGUGGUGCUAGAACUGCAGUGAUGUUAGGAAGCUGUUAGAGGAGGUGGUGUUUCAAGGUUACAGUGACAAGAAAUACCCCGGCCUAUAAUAUUUCCUGGUGUUAGUCCAGUUUUAUCAAGUCCAAAGUCUAUUAGCCAUCUACCACAACUCUACCAGGCUCUCGUCCUGUCUGUCUCCCUCAACCUCAAACAGUCCAUAGCUGCCCCUUUCUGAGCCUGGUUCUGCCGCAUGUUUCUUCCCAUUAAAAGGGAGUUUUUCCUUUCCACUGUCACCAAGUGCUUGUUCAUAGGGAGUGGUCUGAUUGUUGGGUUUUCUCUAUUAUUUUAAGGUUUUAACCUGACAAUAAAGCACAUUGAUACAAGUGUUGUGAUUUAAGGCAGUAAAAAUACAAUUAAAUUGGAAUGAAUUAAAAUGAA